CGCGUUCCCAUCGAUUCGGCUCCCUGGGCGAUUGCUUCUGUCUGUUGUUUAGUUAUGGUGCGGGCCAGGACACGGGAAGGCGGCUGGAGUUUGGCUGGUUGCUGAGCGCUGCCCCAGUCCAGUGCCGAGCGGGCUAUGGGCGAGCCCGACCCUUUGGGCUCGGGGCAGCUCGCGGCCGGCCGGAGCUGGUGCUUGCGGCGACUGGGGAUGGACCGCGAGUGGUUGCAGCUGGAGGCUGCGAGUGAGGUGACGAUAGGAAGAGGAUUUGGCGUUACCUACCAGCUGAUAUCCGAGGUCUGCCCCCUGAUGAUCUCUCGGAACCACUGUGUUUUGAAACAGAAUCCCGAAGGACAGUGGACAAUUAUGGACAACGAGAGUCUGAAUGGUGUUUGGCUGAACAGGGAGCGGCUGGCACCAUUACAGGUUUAUUGUAUCCAAAAGGGAGACCACAUCCAGCUUGGAGUGCCGCUGGACAGUAAGGGGAGCGCAGAGUAUGAAUACGAAGUCAUUGAAGAAGACUGGGGGACGCUGUCUCCCUGCCUCGCCCCGAAGAAUGCCCAGAGAGGGGGAAAAAAUGAAGACUGGAGAACUAAAAGGAAAUUCAGUUUGGAUGGAUUAGAGAGUCCUGCGGCUGAAGGCCCCUCAGCUCUCAAAUGCAAAGUACCUGCAGUCUCUUAUAAAACUGUUGAGACAGCGACCGCAGGCGGAAAAGGUGAAGCGGCAAGUCAGCCCUUGGGAUAUGUGUGUCCUAAGUUGCCUUCUCUUGGGGCAAGUGACAAGACCACUGGGACUCACGCAUGCCCUACUCUCUCAAAGGUCAUCGAACUUUAUCCGAAGAAGCAGAAGGCCUCCAGCCCGUCAGCAUCUCAGAGCAGCUUAGAGCUGUUUAAGGUGACCAUGUCCAGGAUUCUGAGGCUGAAAACACAGGUGCACGAGAAACAGAUAGCCGUCCUGAAUGUGAAGAGGCAGACCCGAAAGGGGAGCUCCAAGAAGAUUGUAAGGAUGGAGAAGGAACUGCAAGACUUACAGUCUCAGCUGUAUGCCGAGCAGGCUCAGCAGCAAGCAAGAGUGGAGCAGCUAGAGAAGACUUUCCAGGAAGAGGAGCAUCAUCUCCAGGGUUUGGAGAAGGAGCCAGGAGAAGAGCACCUGAAGCAGCAGCUGGUCCAGGCUCUGCAGGAGCAUCGGGCUCUAAUGGAAGAGCUAAACCGCAGCAAGAAGGACUUUGAGAAGAUCAUUCAAGCCAAGAACAAAGAAUUGGAGCAGACCAAGGAAGAAAAGGAGAAGGUGCAAGCCCAGAAGGAGAAGGUUCUGAGCCACGUGAAUGAUGUGCUGGAGAACGAGCUCCAGUGCAUCAUCUGCUCCGAGUACUUCAUCGAGGCUGUCACCCUGAACUGCGCCCACAGUUUCUGCUCCUUCUGUAUCAGUGAAUGGAUGAAGCGGAAAGCAGAGUGUCCCAUUUGUCGAAAAGACAUUGAGUCGCAAACCCACUCCCUGGUUCUGGACAAUUGCAUUAAUAAGAUGGUGGAUAAUCUGGGCUCAGAAGUGAAAGAGCGGAGAAGUCUGCUCCUCAGGGAACGGAAAGUAACAAUGAAGAGGAGAACUGAUCCAGAAUGUACUGCCCCCCUCAAGAAACAGAAGCGAAUUGGAGAAUUUGCCCGGCACCUCAGCUCUACAUCUGAUGAUGAACCUCUCUCCUCUGUCAAUCAUGCAGCAAAAGCAUCCACCACCAGCUUUAGUGGAUCUGACAGCGAGACUGAGGGGAAGCAGCCCUGCGCCGAGAGUUUUAAGGAUGACUUGAGAGCAGAUUCCCUUGUGGAGGGAACAUCUUCUCGCUAUUCCAUGUAUAAUAGUGUUUCCCAGAAGCUUAUGGCCAAGAUGGGCUUCAGGGAAGGGGAAGGAUUAGGUAAAUACAGCCAGGGUCGGAAGGACAUUGUGGAGACCUCCAAUCAGAAAGGCCGUCGUGGUUUGGGUCUGACACUGCAGGGUUUUGAUCAGGAGCUGAAUGUGGAUUGGCGGGAUGAGCCAGAGCCCAGUGCCUGUGAGCAGGUGUCGUGGUUUCCAGAAUGUACCACCGAAAUUCCUGACUCUCGGGAAAUGAGUGACUGGAUGGUUGUGGGAAAGAGAAAGAUGGUUAUUGAAGACGAAACAGAGUUCUGUGGGGAAGAGCUGCUUCACAGUGUGCUGAAAUGUAAGAGUGUGUUUGACAUCCUGGAUGGGGAGGAGAUGAGGCGAGCUCGUACCAGAGCCAAUCCCUAUGAGAUGAUCCGAGGAGUCUUCUUCCUUAACAGGGCAGCGAUGAAGAUGGCUAACAUGGAUUUUGUGUUUGAUCGUAUGUUCACAAAUCCCCUGGACUCUCAAGGGAAGCCACUGGUGAAGGACCGGGACAUUGACCUUCUGUACUUUGCGGAUGUCUGCGCAGGCCCAGGUGGCUUCUCAGAGUACGUGCUGUGGAGGAAGAAGUGGCAUGCAAAAGGCUUUGGGAUGACUCUGAAGGGCCCUAAUGACUUCAAACUAGAGGACUUCUACUCAGCCUCCAGUGAGCUCUUCGAGCCGUACUAUGGUGAGGGCGGGGUCGAUGGGGAUGGAGAUAUUACCCGUCCGGAAAACAUCAAUGCAUUUCGGAAUUUUGUCCUGGACAACACAGAUCGCAAGGGUGUCCACUUUCUCAUGGCAGAUGGGGGUUUCUCUGUGGAGGGGCAGGAGAACCUGCAGGAGAUCCUCAGCAAGCAGCUGCUGCUGUGUCAGUUCCUCAUGGCGCUGUCUGUUGUCAGGACAGGUGACACCUCCUCAGUUCUCCCUCACUAAGGACUUACUGGGGCCCUUUUGACAAGAGCAUGUAUGGGAAAGGCUCUGAGCUCCCUGGAGUGACAGGAUGUCUCCUACAGGUACGUGGUGUGCAAAGGUCUGAAGGUGGGCAUAGACGAUGUGCGGGAGUACCUCUUCUCUGUGAAUAUUAAACUCAACCAGCUGCGAAACACUGAGUCUGAUGUCAACCUGGUAGUUCCCUUGAUGGUGAUCAAAGGAGACCAUGAAUUCAAUGACUACAUGAUACGGUCUAAUGAGAGCCACUGCAGCCUGCAGAUCAAAGCUCUGGCCAAAAUCCAUGCCUUUGUACAAGACACCACGCUGAGUGAGCCUAGGCAGGCAGAGAUCCGGAAAGAAUGCCUCCGACUGUGGGAGAUCCCAGACCGGGCUCGAGUUGCUCCUUCUUCUUCAGACCCAAAAUUCAAGUUUUUUGAGCUAAUCAAGGACACUGACAUCAACAUCUUCAGCUACAAGCCCACACUGCUCACUGCCAAAACCCUAGAGAAGAUCCGUCCUGUGCUGGACUAUCGUUGUAUGGUGUCUGGCAGCGAGCAGAAAUUCCUCCUGGGCCUGGGGAAGUCCCAGAUCUACACGUGGGAUGGACGCCAGUCAGACCGCUGGGUGAAGCUGGACCUGAAGACAGAGCUGCCCCGUGAUACACUGCUCUGUGUGGAAAUUGUGCACGAGCUGAAAGGGGAGGGGAAGGCCCAACGGAAGAUCAGUGCAAUCCACAUCCUCGAUGUCCUCGUGCUGAAUGGCAGCGACGUCAGAGAGCAGCACUUCAACCAGCGAAUUCAGCUUGCUGAGAAAUUUGUGAAAGCAGUCUCCAAGCCCAGUCGGCCUGACAUGAAUCCUAUCAGGGUGAAGGAGGUAUACAGGCUGGAAGAGAUGGAGAAGAUUUUUGUCAGGUUAGAAAUGAAGCUCAUCAAGGGCUCCGGUGGCACGCCAAAGCUCAGCUACACAGGACGGGACGACCGGCACUUUGUACCCACAGGCCUCUACAUUGUCAGGACCAUGAAUGAGCCAUGGACCAUGGCAUUCAGUAAGAGCUUCAAGAGGAAGUUCUUCUACAACAAGAAAACCCAGAGGUCUACCUUUCACCUCCCUGCAGAUUCCAUUGCUCCAUUUCAUACCUGCUACUACAGCCGGCUCUUCUGGGAGUGGGGAGAUGGCUUCCAUAUGCGUGACUCCCAGAAGCCCCAGGAUCCAGACAAGCUGUCCAAGGAGGACGUCCUUUCUUUUAUCCAGAGUCACAAUCCUGGAGGAUCUUAGGAUCGCCACCUGAUGAAUGUGCUGUCAUUCCCAAGGCAAUGCCCUGUGUCUGGCUCCUGCCUUGUGGAAAGGAACUGGGAAUGUCCUCCCUGGUCGUGAGGGAGGUGGGCUCAUCUCCAUUCCCAUAGCUCAGUCAGGGUCUUUAGAGGACACAUGCUCGUGGAACUCUGCUGCCUGGGAACUGACACCACUAGGAGUCAGCCUGAGAACAGCUGCUUGGGGCAGGUUGUGUUUAGGACUUAUCAGAGCGGCAGGCCAUUCCCUCUGGAAUUUGUAGACUCUGUUUUCUGAGUUCCAUUUACACCCCCACCCCUAAGGCAGUCAAGGCCCUGUUUUUCCCAACUUUUUAACAGGCCAGCCAAGCAAGGAGGCCCACCAGUGUGUGCUGGCCAGGAGCAGCUGUUGUAUAAAUCAGAGUUUUAUUUCUUGUCUUUUUCCCCCACUCCCAUCCUGGCAGGCCGGGAAGGUAUGAGGGCCCAGCAUUCCUGACACACCAGAGCCUUGGGUGUGACUGUGACUGCUGUAGGUGUUUUAAACACUGGGCAGCUUCGAAGACUUGCCCUUGUUGCUCCCCUCCAGGGUAGGCGUGGCACUAGCUCUCAGGCAGUUCAGGCCACCUGAAGCUCUUCAUAGAGCUUUGAGCUAGUGGCAGUUCUGGUGCCCCCUCCUCUCUGCUAGGAAGCACACACAAUGUGGUCACUCCAUUUCUUCUGUCUCUUUAAGGAUGAAAGUUUGGGUUGGGGAGGGCACCUGUGGUUGUUUUUAAUAGGAAGUACCUCUCGAGAUGCUCAUUCAGGUCCCUAGGUCCCCAUGCUAGCACAAAGCUGGUUUCCAUGGAGAUAGGGCACCGAGGCACCUGUGAGGUUGGAAUUGACUCCACUGUGGAGUCACUUCCCUUCCACCAGCCCCUACCCCAAAGCCAGCAGCAACAGUGCUAGGAUGCCAUACUUCCACCCAGUUCUGGGCCUAUCAGUGUCUGGCAGAAUCUUGGAUCAUUAAACUUAUUUUUACUGCUUGUGUGGCUCUGGGCUAUGUGGUUGGGGUUUGACAUUAAAAGGAAGGGAGGAGGGUUGUGGAACCCAAGCUUCCUGGGCUGUUGCCUGGUAGAUAGCUUAGAGCAGAGCCAUCCAGGUAUAGUUCUGUUUGAAGCUGGGAUUGGGGAAUGAAUGAAUCCACAGCCCCAGGAGGGUGGGGAGGUACCUUUUCUCUCUUACAUAAAUCACACAGCUCACUCCUUGGUGGCACUGUGAUAAUCCAGGAUCAGUCUGUGUGACUAAAAUAACAGAGGCGUCAGACCAAUUAGUAUCACGUAGACAAGGGACAGGAGAGAGAAGGAAGGGUGUUUGGCUGACCCUGACCAGUCUCCCUCCACAAGAGGCCAGUGUUCUGUCCUGAGCCUCCUUCACCUGACCAUCAGGCUUGAGUGGGCUGCCUGCAUCUGAUCCCAUCUUCACACUGUACAGCAUUCCUUUGUUCCUCUCCAUGGGACCUUCUACUGUGAGUAGAGCGGGGGUGACUUGUAUUAGCUGCUUUUGCUUGGCUUCCUUCUGAUCAAGUCCACCUUAUUUACUGGCUGUUGUCACUACCAGUCAGUCUGGUCACUACCAUAGCUCUUACUACCCGGGCACUCCUGGAAGCCUCCUUGACCCUGCUUGUCUCUAGGAGAUGAAUUCAUUCAGUGUGCCCCUGGGACCUCCACUUCAAGUCCAAGUCUCCUUUUCCCAUGGAUGCUGCAUUUUUUUUCAGUGGUGGUCACAGGCCAGGGCACAGUUUAGAGAAACGGGUGGCACAAUGCUGCCUUCCCUUUUCCCCUUCCUUCUGCACAAGAACUUGGGAACUCCCUUCAUCUUUGAGACAGAAGUACAUCCCUUGCUUUUCCUCAGAUAGUCAGCCAGAGAUAUUUACUCACCAGACAGCACAGCGUGGGGCUCUUUAUUGCCCCUCUACUACCAUGCCCUUCUGCUACAGCCGCUGGGCAACCAGAGGGGGAAAGGCCCCCACCUCCGUCUUGUGCUUGAAAGGUUGCUUGGUCCCUGGUGAGUGGAAGGGAGACCGCAUGGCUGAGGGUGGCUGACUCACAUAGUCCAGUGGGCAUAGAGUAGGGCGAGGAGGAUGAAGAUGGCCACCGAGAGUAACAUGUUCUUCCGAUUCUCUUGGCGAAGCAGCUUUAGCUCCUUCUCUGGGAGGAAAAAGAUGGGAACAAGAGAGAACACUGAGGCCCACCUAAUUGCUUCUCCCAUCCAGAAUGGACACUGAUAAAAACAAAAAUGUCUCCUUCCAGCUACUCAUACCCAAAACCUGGCCAUGUCCUUGGUGUGUCCACACCCUAGACUGAGACCCAAAAGUAGGCCUGACUUGCUCAACCUUUUCUCUGAGUGCAGUAGGGUAAUGUGCAAGGUCAUCAAGGAGCUCAUCCUUCUGGAGUCUCCAGCCAGCUGUUUAUAGUUCACUCUGAGGCCAGCUGCAGCCUCCUUGGGCCCACAGAGUUCCCGAAUUCCUGCUGUCCGAAGGUACACUAGAAAGAGCCCCAAUACUCUUCAUUCCCAGUCACCACUUGUGCAAAGGCGAAACUGAUGUCCCGGCCACCCACCCCACCUAUUCAAUGGACUAGGAGAACUGCCAGCCAGCUCUGGGUGGCCAGAUUGAUCCUCUGAGUAGAGAAGGGAUGGAACACAGCUGAAGGGUCUGCAGACCACAGUCCUAGCCUCAGGGAUCUAAUGCUCUGCUCCCAACACCAGAAGGUGGCAGCAUUGCUCUACCCACAGAAGCCCUUUCCUGCCCAAGUAGGGACUCCCAACGUAGACGGUUCUGGUUGAGUGGGGCAUGGGAUACAGAGUCCAGUAUCUGUGGAUGAGAACCUUGCCUCUGGACAUGCACAGACACACCCCAGGGAAUAGAGAGCCCUUGCUACUGUUUCCUCCUUUGGGGAAAAAAACAAAACCUUUUUCUCCUAGGUGCCAGGCAUCAGGCUGGCUAUAGGAGGGAACUUUCUUACCAUACUUGGAGGCUUUGCUCAUGAGGAUGGUUUUCUCCUUCUCCAGAGACCUCCUGUGGGGAAGGAGUUUGCAGGUCAGACCCUUUCUCUCCUGUCUUAACCAGAGGGGCAGUAGUUCUUGUCUGUUUGAAUAAGGGACCAAAAACUAGGGCCUUAGAGGACAGGAGUUAAAGCUCAAAGUUAGGGAUCCUUUUGCCUUGGCUUAGUUUAUUUAGAGGACCAGGCUAGAGGGGCAUAACUAGACAGGGGCAUUACCUGUCCUCAGGACUCAGUUCUGCCCUGUAGAGCCGGGAGGUCACAGCCUCCAGGUCCUUCCGACACUGAGACAGCUUCUCCUCUAGGCCAUCAAUCUGAAAGAGACAGAGGUGCAGAGCUCUAAGCUCUCCCAGCAGUGGUGCCCUGGAGGGACUCACCUCUAGGUCCACCCUACCUUUUCACCUAUGUUUGUACUGGGCAGGACCCAGCUUUGCUGUUGACAGAGAGCUUCAAACUUUGAACUGGCUGGCUGAGUCCCGAGAAACAAGAAGCGGGUGAGCCAGGCACAGGGUAGGCAUGAAGCAGCAGAUCCCCACCAGAUCCCUGGCACCCAGCAGAACCUGCCUCAUGGCUGGUUCAAGAAGGAAAUGAACACUGCAGAGACAGCACAAGGUCCCAAGUCUCCAUGUGGGAGGAGAAGGGUUAAAUGUCGGGGGGUUAAAAAGUAGGGGCAUUUUCUCAUGACCAUGAUUCAUCCUAAUAAUGCAGUCUGUGUUGUCACUAUAGGCGUUUUUCUGAGAAUCAAUAAAAAUUGGUGAAACAAU